UUCUUCCCGUCGCGCUCUAAUGCUCCUCUUCGUUCGCUGUUCAGCUUCCCACUUGUGUCGCCGUUAGGGGUGGCAGACGACUUUGAUUGCUGACGGCGGAUUCCAAUUUGUCUCUCUGAGUUGGACGCCUUCCACCAUUUUCAGCCCUGCGUAGUUGUUCUCGGGCAAGCAGUGAAGAAGGGAGUGAUACUGCAUUGUACUCGCAACUAGUUGCCUCUUCAGUUUUCUCUUGCUCUGUUGAAUCCUGAUUUAUUCCGCCUUUUCAGAGAUCAGAAUGGUGAGGAAGAGAAUUCCAAAUCUCCCAUCGUUCACAUUAAAAACACCCAAUUUGGAUUCAGGCUCAAGCCUUAAAGCCCAGGCACCUAAAUCCCCAGUCUCUAACAAGAAGACCAUUUCCUCCUCACAAUACAAAACUAUUUUCUUACAUGAUUGGUGGCUGGUGAAACCUCAAGGCAAAGGCUUAGCUGUGGGAGGAGUUGCUUCGAUGGAGAGGCUUGGGGAAAGGGUCAUUUUCUCUUCACCCAUUGCAAAGAGACAUGAGACCAAUAUCCUUGAAACACAAGACGGCAUCACCUUUAUCAUCACUGGCUUCAUAAACAAAUCUCACACAAAUGAGAAUGGCUUUUCAUUUGAGGUAUGCAGACAUUUCCUGUUUGGAUUUCCAUAUGACUGGGAAGAGUACAUAUACUACGGUGUUGGCGAACAACAUGGCACUGAGAAUUCUGGGCCUCUUGAUUUAAGUACUUGUCCACUGAAGAAUGCUGGCGAGAUUGCAGAUCUUUUAACCAAUAAAGGAGAUCUGAAUUGUUCUUGGCUGCUGAAUCAAUUGUUAAAUGAUGCAGUAGAAACAUCUCCGCAGAAUAUUUCCGAGCAAUCCGAGCCUGGUUGUAACAUGGAAUAUGACAUAACAAUGAACGCCAGGGAAUGCCAGGGCAAGGAGGAUACAAUUCUUGGGACAUCUAAUAUACAAGAUGACCAGAUGCACAAUAAUGAAAAUGUCAUCUCAGAUGUUAUACUUGAAGCACAAGGUGAAAAUCCAAACCCCGGUCCUCAAUCUGGGAUGAAUAUGGAUUCUCCCAAGUCAAGUAAAGACCUUCCUGGAAAAAGAACCGAUAAAAACCCGGGUUUCUUGGAGACAAAGAAAAAUAACCCUAUAUCGAGUGUUCAUGAGCUGGAGAACUCAGAGGAUGCUUCUAACUUAAGCUUUAGGAGGAUAACCAGAAGCAUUUCUAAGAUGAGUUAUCCAGCUAUAAGGUCUCCUGAAAGUCAAGGACAUGGUUGCCGAAGAGAUCCGACGCUCCAGGGCAGGGCUUCGCGAGCUAGGGUUUCUGGUAGUGCUUCCUGCAAGGUGGCAGUUAGAAGAUCUCCGAGGCUAUGUAAUUUGAAGAAGUAAGAGGGAGGGGAGUUCUUUUGGUGUGCAGUUUCUCAUAUACUCCCUUCGGAUCAAGAGCAUGGUAAUUAAUUCACGACUUUCAAAACAUGUUUGUUAGCAUUUUAAUUUCUUAAAAAAAUUAUAUCUUUUUAAUGUA